GCAACAUUCCGCACCAAACGCAUCAACCGGAGAUAAUGCCUCUGCUACUACAAUCAGAUUUGGUUGUAAAACCCAUGGAUAUUCAACUAAUGUCACCUGAAUUGGAACUGGAAAUGGACCUGGACCUGGACCUAACCACCGACACCACCACCAGUGAUGGACAUCAGGUGCUCUUCGAGGGCUAUUCGGAUGAGCUGCUGACCAUCGCCUGGAUGGCCUGCAUUGUCUUCAUUAUUGUGGGUGUGCCCGGCAACCUGCUGACCAUCAUUGCCCUAUCCCGUGGCCGUCAGACGCGUAACUCUACGGCUAUAUUUAUUAUAAAUUUAUCCUGCUCGGAUCUGCUCUUCGGUUGCUUCAAUCUCCCGCUGGCCGCAUCCACCUUUCGGGAACGAGCCUGGACGCACAGUGAUCUCCUGUGCCGUCUAUUCCUGCUUCGAUAUGGUUUGCUGGCCGUAUCCCUGCUAUCCGUAUCAUUGAUCACCAUCAAUCGGUAUAUCAUCAUAGCCCAUCCCAGGCAAUAUCCCAGGAUCUACCAGAGACGCUAUCUGGCCUUGAUGGUGGCUGGCACUUGGGUGACCACAUUCUCGAUCAUGAUACCCACAUGGCGCGGCGUCUGGGGCUGCUUUGGCCUGGAUGUAAGCAUCGGUUCCUGUUCCAUUCUCCACGAUCGAUAUGGACGUUCGCCCAAGGAGUUCCUGUUCAUAGCCGCCUUCAUGGUGCCCUGCAUUUGCAUUGUGAUUUGCUAUGCCAGGAUCUUUAUGCUGGUCCGGAAGGCAGCCAUACGGGCAGGAACUGCCAACAAGGCUAAUCUCAGCGAGGUGACACCCAGCCAGCCCAUGGCUAUGCCCAGGUCAAAGCCAGAGAAGGCCAGCACAUCGAGUGGUGGCGAAGGACAACAGCAGCAGCAGCAGCAGGAGCCAGGACGACCCUUUGUGGUGGCCGAGCAGCUGGCCUAUAUAGAUGACAAUGCCUCGGCGGACAGCCUGCCCAUCUCGUACAGCAUCCGGCGGCGGGAGCAGGAGGAUCAGCAGCCACCAGUGGAUGCCAAUGUGGUGCUCAAGGAGAAGGAGAAGGAGAAGGAACGAGAGCGAGAGCGAGAGCGAGAUCAGGAGAAGAUCAGCCUGGGACGCAGUCAAACGCAACUGGAGCUGGCCAAGAACUCCGGGAAGAAUCCGAAUUCCAAUUCCAAUCCCAUAACUGCCUCAUUGCGCACCUCCUUCACCCGAUUUAGUCCACGAAAAUCACUAUAUGCCUCCAUGGGUAAUACAUCCAAUGCCUCGUCCAUUUAUCCGGGUCGAAUGAGCGCCAAGGAUCGACGUUUACUCAAAAUGAUUCUGGUGAUCUUUGUGUGGUUUGUCAUCUGUUAUUUACCCAUAACAGUGACCAAGAUAUGGAAGACGGCCACAGAGGUGCAUUGGUUUAAUAUUGCUGGUUAUUUGCUUAUUUAUCUGACCACCUGCAUCAAUCCGUUGAUUUAUGUGCUAAUGAGUUCCGAGUAUCGUCGAGCCUAUUGGAAUCUAUUGAGGUGUCAUGGCUCCUCUGAUUCCCAUCAGCAAGAUCAGAGGCAUCAUCACCAGCAGCAGCAACAGCAGCAACAGCAACAGCAGCAGCAGCAGCGGAAACGGAAGUUGGGUAAAUCGGCAGCGUGACUUCCGCUAGGAGCUGUCACUCUCUCUCCCUUGUCAUUGCCUUUGUAUGUCAUCCGUCCCCCAGCAGGAUCGAUCAUUUUGUUUGUGUCUAGUCACAGGAUCAAAGAAACCCUUCCAAGAAACCAUACCAAUAUACAUAUGUA